CUGUUGUGACUGCGGCUACAUGUGACAUUGACUAAAACAGAGGCACGAUGAGGCUCACGGCUCUCCUGUCGAUGGCAGCCCGGGUUGUUGUACCCAGAGAUUACCGCUUCAGCACCAACAGACCGUGGACAGUGGCCGCUAAGAGGCAAAAUCCUCCAGGGAAGAAGAGGAGGAAGGUGUUUGUGGAGCCGAUAGCUCCAGAGGACUGGUCCGUGUUCAAAGGAGACACUGUCGAGAUCCUGGCGGGGAAGGACAGAGGAAAGCAGGGAAAAGUGAUCCAAGUCUUCAGACACAGAAACUGGGUUAUGUUGGAGGGACUGAACACACAUCACAGGUAUAUUGGAAAAACAUAUGAUUACCGUGGGACCUACAUAGCCAGUGAAGCUCCCAUCCUGCUUCGCGAUGUUUCCCUCAUUGACCCCACAGACAGGAAGCCCACUGACGUGGAGUGGAGAUUCACUGAGGAGGGCGAGAAAGUCAGAGUGUCUCUCAGGACGGGACGAAUCCUCCCAAAGCCUGUUUUGGAGCGACGAGAUGGCAUCGUGCCACAGCAGUGGAAAGAUGGUCCCAAAGAUACCAGCCCAGAAGACACUCUAGAAAAGACCUAUGUACCUACUCUGAAGACCCUGGAGGAGGAGGUUAUGGAGAAAAUGGGCAUCGUGGAGAACAGGAAGCCACGGAGGUCGUACUGGUACUAACCAGAUAAAUGAGAGACACUCUGGUCCUGUUGUAAUGUCAGGUUUUCACACUCUGAUUUGGUGUGAGUCAAGCUGAACCUUGCGAAAAAGAGACUAUGGUAGGAUGACAUGAGUAAGGCUUUUGGACUUUAAAAUACUGGAGCAACACACACACACACACGAUAGCUUUGUAAAAAAAAAAUAAUAAUAAGAUUGUGAAACAGACGUGAAAACAAAGCUCACAACACAUCUGUAACUUGACCGUUUCCUGAUGGCCAAUCAUUCUCUACAGCGCUGUCA